AUGAACUCGAAGCCGACCAUUAUCUUCGUGACGGGAGCAUGGCACAAGCCUCAUCUCUACGCAAGCCUCCUGGAAGGUCUCCGGAGGACACGCUUCCCUGUCAUAGCACCCUGCCUUCCAUCUAUCGGUGGGACAUGCGACAGUUUCUACGAUGACGUUUACAUCGUCCGCAGAGCUAUUGCCGAGGAGGUGUUCCAAGGCCACGAAAUAGUGGUACUCAUGCACUCGUACGGCGGUAUGGUAGGCAGCGCAGCAGUCCAAGGAUACUCCAAGCAGGAAGUAUCUAGAGGCGGCGGCGUGAUACGAAUGAUCUACAUGGCCGCGUUUGCGCUCGAGACGGGAGUCAGUCUGAUGGAUGCUUUCAAUAACACAGCGUUACCCUGGUGGCAGUCGGUGAACCCGAAACAAUGGCGAGCCGUCAACCCAAGCUAUGUCUUCUACAAUGAUUUGGACAGCGAGAAGGCGGAGGGAUUGAGUGGGCAGUUGGAUCUGCAGGCGAAAGGAAGCUUCGAGAGCAAGCAGACUUAUGCUGCGUGGAAGGACAUUGAUUCGACGUACAUUGUCUGCACACGCGACAAUUUUAUACCGAAGCAGGCGCAAGUGGCCAUGGCGAGUCAACCUGGGGGGAAAUUUACGAUCGAGUAUCUGGAGGCUAGUCAUUGUCCUUGGUUGAGUAUCCCCGAGCAGACGUUGGAUCUGAUUCGGCGAACGACCAUCUGGGAGCCGAUUUGA